AUGUCAAUUCCAUCCCUCUUCUCGCUCGAAAACCGCACUGCUCUGGUGACAGGCGGCACUCGCGGUAUCGGUGCCCAGAUGGCCAUUGCUGUGGCCGAAGCUGGUGCCGAUGUCAUACUCGUCCAGAGAGACACGUCAAAUCAACAAACAAAACAAACAAUCGAAUCAUUAGGCCGCAAAGCAUUCAUCUACACAGCUGACCUGUCCUCUCGCGAGGAUGUCUCGGGGCUGACCAAAAGGGUUCUCGCGGAUGGACAUGAUGUUUCGAUUCUGAUUACUUGUGCCGGGAUUCAAAGGAGACAUCCUGCCGAAAAGUUUCCGGAUAGCGAUUGGGAUGAGGUCCUACAAGUCAACCUCACAACAGUCUUCACUCUAUGCCGCGACAUAGGCGCUUACAUGCUCACCCGUCCACCUUUCCCAGGCACAGAAUCCACCUCCCCCAACGGUGGCUACAGAGGCAGUAUCAUCAACGUCGCCUCUUUAGUGUCUUUCCAAGGCGGCAUCACCGUGCCGGCCUACGCCAGCGCCAAAGGCGGAAUUGCGCAACUCACAAAAGCACUAUCGAAUGAGUGGGCUAGUAAAGGUGUGAAUGUAAAUGCGAUUGCGCCGGGCUAUGUGGCUACGGAUAUGAAUGAGGCGCUUAUAAACAAUCCAACGAGAGCGGAGCAGAUUCUGGUCAGGAUUCCGGCGGGUAGAUGGGGUAGUGCGGAAGAUUUCAAAGGGCCGACGGUGUUUUUGGCGGGGAGAGCGAGUUUGUAUGUUUCGGGGGAGAUAUUAACUGUUGAUGGGGGGUGGAUGGGCCGGUAA